CGGUUGCCCAACGAAGAGAGCAGAACCGUGGACAAAUGACACUCUGCCGAUACAGCGAAGUAAAAAUCAAUAAUUAGAGCAAAAAGAUGCCGCCCUUGGUUGCACACAAGAAUUCUUUGGAGCCAAGCUGACGUUAUUUUCCGUGUUCCGACGAUUCAAGGCAACCGGAAUCAGAGCGAUGAAGCUAACUUGCCCGAAACGUGGAUCCUUAAGUGGCCUUGAGCGUUGAUUUUCCACACAGCAUGCAGGUUUCGUCGACAACGAACUUGUUGAAUUUAUUAAAACAGCCCGCUGCUAACGAAACCCGACUUCAGUGAGGAUGUUUAUCCUAAGUUGGAGUUGCAAGGAGCACUUUGUUGUUUAACACUAUCGGCAAUUGCCACAUAAUCGGAUUUCCUGCUGCAAAAUAAAGAAAAUUGUAUGAAUUGCAUAGGUCGAUGAUCUCUGCCAACUGUUCGGGUAUCGCAGUUUAUGUUGAGACCAUUUGGAAAAUCUGAAUGUGCUAGAAGUAUGGACUCUGUUUGGCAAGAAACGAGAUAUAUGUACAUAUCUCCACGUAUAUGUGCAGGUGCUGCUGUCGGUUGCAAAGCGGGAAGGCGACAAGCAAGAAAGUAAAUAACUCACUUAAAAGCAAAUAAAAUCUAAUUUACUUUUAACGGAAAUGUGCUCAGCAGCCGGGAGGCGGAGGCACUUAAUCCGUCAGCCCGGCAGUCAUGCCUGUGCGCCGUAUUGCUUAUAAAAUGCAGAAAGUUCAGUUCAUCCCGUCAUCCUCGGGGCCAAAAAGCAGCAGAACGAUACUCGUACACGAAUCGCACUGGAAACAAAUUGGGACAGGGACAAGGUUGUGAAGUAAAGUUUAAGCUAAACUAUAUGGCAAAAUAAAAUGGGCUAAUAACUGAGCAUAAUAACUAAGAACACCUCAGAGCUCAGGGUCAGAAUUUCAUUGAGCUAGAUAGCUCUGAGAUAAAAGUCAGACACUUUCCUCAAUUGCCUCGUGCCAGGAACACUGAACACUCACCAAAUUUCUCUCAUUAGAGCGUUUCUCUAGGAUAACCCAGCCCAUACAAUGUGGAUGCAACUAGGCUGUCGUGGGCUUGCAAAAAGCCCCAGGCGAAAAGAUGACGACAGUAAGCCACAAUCUAUGAUUACCAGUGCAUACAGGGACGAAUACAUGUACAAUACAUAUUUGGCUAAGAAUACUUUUCAAUUACCGGCGGGCAAAGAUAGCGUCUAUCUCGCCAACCCUUCGAUGAACGAGCUAAUGCGAGCUAUUCAAAGUGGCUCCUCAUUUAAGCGCGUCGUAGUAUCGAUGAUUGUCCCAUUGCCCAGAACUUUCCAGCUGCUGGCACCAGCGAACUCUCCUCGCCAUCAAAAUGUAAGACUUACUCCAAAUGUAGUGCACCGAAAACAUUCUUUCGAUCACCAGUUGCAUCAGCAGCAAGUGGGAAAGUCGUCAGUUCAACGACUGCCGAGAGUGCACUCGCAGGGCGAUUUGUUGCAGCCAAGGCUGUCGGUUUGUGAUGAGAUGAUCUCUAGAGAUGCCCUGCCAGUGCGCGUGGCUCCUUUGGAAACGCCCACGAAGCCCCAGGAACUGGCGACCGAGGGGCCCAGUGCCCAGUGGACACGUGCACCGAAUAAGAAUGCAUGCUAUUGGAUUGGCUUGGCACACUUGCUAUUGGUGAUUUCUUGCCUGCGCGGACUCUUUUAAGCAAACAUUCAAGUAGAGAACUUCUGAGUAGUGUUUUGAUGUGUAUAUGUAUUAUGUAAUAUGUAUUAAACUCUUCCAACAUGCCGAACACCUUUCCCAAUU